GCGGAACAAAGAGUGCAUACACGUCUUGACCGAAGAACGCUUGGCAAAAGGCUAUACUUAUAAAUACAGAGGCAUGGCUCCUUAUUAGCUAAUAAGCCUGUAACCGAGACGACUGCCUAUUGACGUUCUGAAUCAGAAUCAGGGCCCUUCCCUGUGUGAUAAUCUGCAGCUGAUGAGAAGAAGAAUCCUGGUGGUAGGUUGACCAUGAAGAUGUACGAGAAACCCCCGCCGGAGAUCAUCCACUCGGGGCGCAAGCUGAAGCUGUUAACCAGCGACGACGAUCCCCGCUUCAGGUGCGACGGCUGCCACGAGCCUGGCUACGGCCUCAGGUACACGGACAACGGCGGCGGCGGCCAGAGCUUCAACCUGCACACAUGCUGCGCCCUCGCGGAGAAGGAGCCCACGAUCAAGCAUGGACUGUUCGGCGACCUCAACUUCGAGUUCCUCGUGGAGCCCACGCCCGUCGUCAGGGACACACAAACCGAAACAAUUUGCGACGCCUGCGGCGAGGAAGCGCGCGGGUUCGUCUACCACUGCUACAAGAAGGACCUCGACCUCCACCCCUGCUGCGCGAGCCUGAAAGAGAGAGCACUCCUGGACGGCCGCGUCUUCGAGCUCCGCCGGAAGACGUCAAGGCCGUGCCGCCUAUGCGGCCACCGCCACAGGUUCUGGGCGUACCGCUCCAGGUUCGACGGCGAGGACAUGGACAUCCACGUGGCGUGCUUGAAGAAAAUGGCCCGCGAAAGCUGGGAUGCCGCCUACAAUAACCGGGUCGGCGGCGAGCAGAUCCUUCAGGUGAACGGGUCCAGCAUGGACCGCAUGCUCCAGAGCUUUGCUGGGAAUAGUCAGAGGAGGGGUGGGUUCGACCAGUUCAUCAAGGUCUUGGGCAACUUGGCGAGUAUCAUCAUCGCCGUGAUCUUUGGAAACCCCGUGGCGAUGAUGGCCGCCAUAGCGGGACCCGGUGGUUUACUUCGGGGCUAGACUUUAAUCGAUUGAUCGAGCUACUUAAAAGUAUCAAGAAGUUUGUGGGGUUACUUUUUACCUUUUCGUGAGUUUGCUUGGUGUGCAUUAUUUCUUAUCUAUUUCAUCCAAUAAUAGAAGAUUGGUGUAUUCGUGUAUGUUUAGGUGUAGUCUUUGCUAUAUUCGACCAUAUUUCAUUACUCAGUUGUAUGGACAGACAGUAAGAUUUUGGGCUUGUUUAAUUUUUUUCUUUAAACUUACGUAUGUUACUUUUGUAUGAUAUGACUACUGGAUUUGUAUAUAUAGAGACUAUAUAUAAAAUUUGGUGCUAAAAGGA